UAGAUGCUCCGUCCCCGGCUAGCCAAUGCUGUAUGGUUGACCAAACACGAAAGCUGGCGAUAACAAACAGCGUGCCAAGCAUUCCAAGAUCGAUCCGCAAAUAUUUAAGCACUCACACACGGCACAGCUUUCGAUCGCACAGCACGAGACCACCACAGACCAAAGCAGCCGGUCCAAGAUGGCGCAGCUCAAGCCGGCGGCGCUGCCGCUCGCCGUCUCGCUCUGCUGCCUCUCGGCGCUGCUGCCAUGGUCCGCGGCGGCGAGCUACGGCGGCGGCAAGCCCCUGGUGACGGCCAUCACCAAGGACGCGGCCACCAAGCUCUACACGGCCCCGCUCAAGGACAGCCGCCCGCUCGUCCUCGACCUCUCCGGCCCGCUCAUCUGGUCCACCUGCCCGCCCAAGCACCCGAGCUUCGAGUGCCACCACCACGUGUGCGCGCACGCGCACAGCUACCACCCGCCGGACUGCCCGCGCACCGGCCACGGCGUCGCCGACGAGGACGACCCGUUCCGGUGUAAGUGCACGGCGCACCCCUACAACCCCUUCGCGCGCAAGGCCGGCUCGGGCGACCUCACGCGCGUCACCGUCACCGCCAACGACACCGACGGCAAGAACCCGCUCCGCCCGGUCUCCUUCCCCGCCGUCGCCGCCUGCGCGCCGCACUCCCUGCUCGCGAAGCUCCCGGCGGGGGCGGUCGGCGUCGCGGGGCUCGCGCGCUCCAGGGUGGCGCUGCCCGCGCAGGUGUCGCGCGCGCAGAAGGUCGCCAACAAGUUCGCGCUCUGCCUCCCGAGCGGCGGCCAGGGCGUGGCCAUCUUCGGCGGGGGCCCGCUCUUCCUCCUCCCGCCGGGCCGCCCGGACGUCACGACGACGCUGGCCGGAACCACCCCUCUCCGCAGGAACCCGGCGCUCCCCGGCUACUUCAUCUCGGCUAGGGGCAUCGCCGUGAACCAGGGACAGGUGCAGCCGGGGCCGCUCGUCGUCGGGCUGAGCUCGCGGGUCCCCUACACGGAGCUCCGGGCCGACGUGUACGGCCCGUUCGUGAAGGCGUUCGACAGGGCCACGGCGGAGAGGAAGCGCGUGACGCCUGCGGCGGCGCCGUUCGAGCUGUGCUACGACUCGCGGGAGCUGGGGUCGACGCGGCUCGGCUACGCCGUGCCGCAGGUGGACCUGAUGCUGGAGGGCGGCGCCAACUGGACGGUGUUCGGCGGCAACUCCAUGGUGCAGGUCGACGACAACACGGCCUGCUUCGGCUUCGUCAGGAUGGCCAGGGAGGAGAAGGGGGCGCCGGCGGUGGUCAUCGGAGGGUUCCAGAUGGAGAACAACCUGCUGGUGUUCGACGAGGAGAAGCGGCAGCUCGGAUUCAGUAGCCUGCUUUUCGGGAGGCAGACGACGUGCAGCAACUUCAACUUCACCCUCGCUGCUUAAGAGUGUUUCUACUUGUUCAUGUCUGGCAGUUUGUAUCAGUGUUCAUUUUUCCUUCGAUUUUGGGAUUUGCGAGCUUGUUCUUUUGUCACUGCUACGAAAACGGUUUUUUAGGAGCAGGUAAAAAUAUAUUUUUAGGGACGGGUAAAAAUA